AAAGGGACAAGGACGGAGUGGUUAAAGGGGUGCGUAAAACGGUAAUAAAUGGUAUCGUUACACACAUGCAUAAGAUAGCAUGUAUGUAAAGAUCGUUGUUACAAACUACGUGGAACAUCUUUAGAGAUCCAUCACUUGUUGAGUGGGGAUGAGGUGAGAGUAUAAAAGGUGAAUUCCUUAUUUCCUUAGGAUCAUAAACGAUUGGAUGUAAUAGUACUCAUCUUCUUCAUUCAAAAGUGUUUCCUUUAUCAAGAUGAAAACAAUUGUAAUAGCGAUAGUUGUGGGAUUAGCAGCAGCGCAAGAUUCAAAUUACAAUGCUCGUAACAAUUACCACGAGGAUAGAUCGAAUCCUCCGACUGACGAAAGAAGGGGUCCAUUGACGACCACGCCUAUUCCAAUUUUACAUUGGAAUAAACAGCAAGAGCACGAUGGAACUUAUAAAGCUAGCUAUGAAACGGGAAACAAUAUUAUCGCUGAGGAGAGCGGUUACAUUAAGAAAGUAGGCGAAGGCGAGGAACAAGGAGAAGCGUUGGUCCAACAAGGAAGCUUCUCAUACACGAGUCCCGAAGGGAAGCUGAUCACCAUCCAUUAUACGGCCGACGAGACUGGCUUUCACGCGACCGGAGAUCACAUUCCCACGCCACCGCCAGUCAGCGAAGAGAUUCAGAAAGGCCUCGACCUCAUCUUUGCAGGCAUUCGUCAGCAAGAGGAAGCAGAUGCGCGUGAAGCAGCUCAAAAGGGGCAACAGCAACCUUUGAAUCAGCAAAUCGAACGGCGAGAUAAUUAUGAUAGAAAAUUUCGGAAAUGAAGUAAAUAAAAAAUAAAUAUUGUUGAGACACGUUCUACAUGUAGUAUAAAAACAAACGAUUAAGUCCUUAAAUUAAGACUAUUUUAAUAAAAUAAAUUUAAUAAUAUGUAAAUAUGUAAAUGUGCUUUCCUUUGUCGUUAUUAACAAUCUCAAAUAUUAAAAAAGUAAUAAUUGUAGAGUAAAAUAGUUUAGUAGCAAACAAA